UAAGUUCAAUAUCCUCAAACUACUUGAUUUUACAGGUGAAAUGGUGGGUUACAAUCAAUGAACCACGGGAGGUCCUUGAUGGUUAUGGAGACACUAAGUAUGCUCCUAUGCUGAACCAACAUGGGGUGGCAGAUUACUUGGCAGCCCACACUCUCCUCAGAGCUCAUGCUAAAGCUUACAGGCUGUAUGAUACAACUUUCAGAGCUUCCCAGAAAGGUCAUAUUGGAAUUACACUGAGUGCAAGAUUUGUUAAAGGCUUAAACAACGUUACUGAAGAUGAACUUGCUGCUACUAGAGCAAUGGAAUUUGAGAGUGGAAUAUUUGCUCACCCCAUUUUCUCAAGAGAAGGAGACUACCCCAAAAUUGUGAGAGAAAGAGUGGACUGUAACAGCAAGAGAGAGGGGUGGUCCAGCUCACGCCUGCCGACAUUCACUCAGGAGGAAAUCGAGGAAAUAAAAGGAAGCUCAGACUUCUUUGGUUUGAAUCACUACACAAGCAGAUAUGCUACUUCAGGAUCAGAGGGGUUGGAACCUUCAUUGGUAUGGGACUCUGGAUCAGUUGCGAGUUGUGAUCCCUCGUGGAAGACGGCCAAAUCUGCUUGGUUAAAGGUGGUCCCAUGGGGAUUUAGAGCCCUACUGAACAGAAUACGGACAGAAUACAACAACCCUCCAGUGUUUGUCUUUGAGAACGGCUACAGCUCAGAUGGUGCUCUCAAUGAUGUUGACAGAAUACAGUAUUUUCAUGAUUAUUUAGAACAAAUGCUGAAAGCCCUUCAUGAAGAUGGAUGCAACAUAAUUGGAUACACAGUUUGGAGUAUCAUGGAUAACUUUGAGUGGCUAGGAGGCUAUUCAGAAAGGUUUGGAAUCCACAGUGUAGAUUUUAAUGAUCCAAAACGACCAAGACAGAAAAGACAAUCUGCUGAGUACUUCAGAAAACUAAUGCAGACAAGGACAACUACCCAAUUGUGGGCUCAAUCCAGGCUGAAACUGCACAUUAUUGGUGAUCCGUCUUUAUAUUUGGUAUGCACCUGCUUCAUCUCGGCAACAACCAAAGCCAACAUGUAUACCACGAUGCCUGAUGACAGCAGCAGAAAAAAGACUGAAUAUUAUCAGUUUCCUACUAAAACAGAACCUCAAGGAAACUUCGAAAUAUGUUUAGAUAUCAUUUUUAAUUUGUUUUUGUGUAUUUUUGUAAUAUGUAUGUUAAUUGGUGGUGCACGCCUUAUAGUAGAGCGUUACAACUCAAAUUUGAGAGAGUAUGAAUACAGACAUCAAAAAGCAUCUGUUGAAACGUCUUUUGGAUAUUUUCCUCCAGAAUUUUCUAUCGGAUGUUCCUCCUCAGCCUACCAGAUUGAAGGAGCUUGGAACAUUGAUGGCAAGGGUGAGAAUAUCUGGGACAAAUUGGUUCACCAAAAGCCAAGUGUGAUAAAAAACAAUGACACUGCCGAUGUGGCGUGUGAUUCCUACCACAAGUACAAGGAAGAUGUGAAGCUUAUCAAGUAUAUUGGCUUCGAUCAUUAUCGCUUCUCUAUCUCUUGGAGUCGUGUACUGCCCACUGGACAUGACAACGUUGUCAAUCAAGCUGGAAUAGACUAUUACAAUAACUUGAUCGAUGAACUGCUGGCAAAUGGGAUUCAACCAAUGAUAACCCUCUACCACUUCGAUCUUCCUCAACCUUUACAAGAGCUUGGAGGUUGGACCAAUCCAGUGAUGGCAACAUACUUUGAAAAUUAUGCUAGAGUUCUAUUUAAAGCAUUUGCAUCCAAGGUGAAAUGGUGGAUAACAAUAAACGAGCCCAAGAAUGUGAUGCUUGGAUAUGGACAGACCAACUCUACUCCUGUUCUGGCUCCUCAUAUCUUCCAGUCUGGGGUGGCCGACUACCUAGCAGCUCACACACUCAUCAGAGCACAUGCUAAGGCUUACCGUCUCUAUCAGAGAGAGUUUAAACCCAAAUACAAUGGAAGUGUAUUUAUCUCCUUGGAUGCAAGAUUCUUCUACCCAUUGUCCACCUCAUUGGAAGACAAACAGGCAACAUCGAGGAUGGCUCAGUUUGAGCUUGGACUAUUUGCACAUCCAAUUUUUUCCAAAGAAGGUGACUAUCCAAGAAUCGUCAGGGAACGUAUAGACUUUCUCAGCAAAAAGGAGGGGAGGAAUAGUUCACGUCUACCUAGGUUUACUAAGGAAGAAAUUAAGGAAAUCAGAGGAAGUUCUGACAUCUUUGGACUCAACCACUACACGUCUGUUGUGGUAUCUCAUUCGGAUGAAUAUGAUGAGACUCAGCCUGCUUUUGUGAGAGAUGCUGGAGUUACAUUGAGUAAUGAUCCCUCAUGGGCUUCUGGAAACACUUCUAUGUUCAAGGUGGUGCCAGAGGGUAUGAGAGGUAUACUCGAUCACAUCAGAAUCAUGUACAACAACCCACCAGUGUUCAUCACUGAGAACGGGAUCAGCUCCAACAGUGGAUUAAAAGAUGAUGACAGGAUCAAGUACUAUAGUGAUUAUCUUUUCAAUUUGUUACUUGCUUAUCGUGGCAAUAGCAAGUGCAAUGUUGUUGGAUAUACUGCUUGGAGUCUUUUAGAUAAUUUUGAAUGGAGCAGAGGAUACACAGAGCGAUUUGGCUUAUACUGGGUUGAUUUUAAUGAUCCAGCUAGACCAAGGAGAAAGAAAAAAUCUGCAGAAUAUUUCAAAGAUCUGCUAACAACUCGUUUAAUACCUAUUGUGCCAUUUGUUGUUAAAAAAGAUUAUCAUCUCAAAAACAAGACAGAUCACAAAAACUUGGUAGCUGCCAACAAAGUAAUGAGUGAAAAAGAGAAAAAAUUAUUAGAAGAUUACAGAAAAUACAUAUAUGGGGAUGAUUAAAA